UGGAAAGGUAUUGUAAUGCGCAUCGGGCCAGAGAAUAAACCUUGCAAAGUCCUCCGUUUUCUUCAGCAAGGGAUGUGUGACAAAAAAGACCAAGCAUGUUGGUGGCUUAGCGGCGACGAACCGGAACACAAGAAUAGAAACCUUCCGGAGAGGCCGUUGGAGGCGAUGCAGUCAAAACAAAUAAAUCACAUGUCGACAUAUUUCAAUUGCCUAGUAGAUGUAAAUGUCGGAGAUGCAAUAAAAAAUAAAAAAGGGAGAAAAACAAAUCUUAGUAGAUUUAAUAUAUGUACAAGGUCCACACCAUCACAACAUUUACUAAGGAAACCCAUCCAUCCAGAGAAUCCCAAGGCUAAGACCAAGCCAAAACUAGGCACUCAAUCAAAAUCAAAGUCCUCAACUGAAUGGGAGGUCUCCAAUCCUAGUUUAGUGAUAUAGAAAAUAUAACCUCACGUAUGUGACAACUAUUAAAAUAAUAUCAGAAAGAACGGGUGCGACAACACACGCCAUCAUGGGCUAGUAAUACGAUGCCCAAGGUCGGUCUAGAAUUCAGUCCAUGGAUGAGGCGUCACAACCGUACAAAAGUCCUUUUGAAUACAAAUCUAAAAACACUUUUUUGACACAUGGGUAAAUAUUAUUUUACUCAUCUACCAUUUGAAUUUAAAAACACAUGGUUAAAUUUCUAUCUACAUUUAUUAAAAAAACACUUUGCAUAUUACGCUCUUCCUUGAGUUACGAAACCACAAAAUCCCUUGUGAUGGGAAACUUUUGCUACAAAGAUGAUCUCCACAUGCGACCUAUGUGCCUAGCUUGAUCUGUGAUUUCUUGCCAUCUUUAUAUGUUUUCCCGCUAAAGGACCUCUUAGAGAUGGCAGGGGGUCCUGUAUGCUUUUAUAUUGUUGAAAAAAAUAAAACAAAAAAUCCUCCAAAAUGUAUGUGGAUAAAAAUAGGAGGAUGAAAGAAAAGGCAUUGCUAUUUCAAGGUGGGUGUAAUAAAAGGUGUUCCUAUUUAUAGGUUGUGAGGAAAGCGGGGAGUUACUUACGAUUCAUUCUCCAUCGCCAUCCUCGUCAUCUCUUCUGCUGUGAAAAGAACAACAAACAAUCCAAUCAAUCAAAUGGGUUCUCGAUGGAUUCGACCCGAGGUGUACCCGCUGUUCGCGACGACUGGUGUGGCCGUCGGUAUUUGUGUGAUGCAACUUGUGCGCAAUAUCACCACCAACCCUGAAGUCAGGGUGACAAAGCAGAACAGGGCAGCCGGGGUGCUAGAGAAUCAUGAUGAAGGGAAGAGGUACUCCCAACACGGGGUGCGCAGGUUCUGUCUCUCCAAGCAUCGUGACUACAUGCAUGAACUGGACAACAUGCCCACCGACCGGAAGUAGAUCCAAUUACGGGUCAUCCAUGAGAAGAGGCCGCCGUGUUUGCCCCAUCCAUCACACAUAUACACAUACUACAAGAACAAACGUGCUCCGCCGCGCCUGCUAUUAUUAUUGUUUCCCUUUGUUUACUAUAUCCAUGUAGUCAUGCAUGUAUGUUUUUGUGGCUGAAAAUAACUAUUUUGUUAUUUUAUUUGAUAUGACAUGGCAAUACAUUUUAACAUCUCUA